CUCAUUUUACUUUCUGUAGUAAAGUCUGCACAUGCCAAGCUUUUUCAUGUGUAAAAUUUUAGUAAAUGCUUUGUGCAUUUCGUAGUACUCAAUUGAGAAGAUUGAUGAAGAAAGUGAUUAAUUUGUCGUACACACCCCAUGUUGAUAAUGUGUAGUGUCCCUUUUGCGUAUUAGUGAGGGCAUCUGAGAGCCACAAAUCUGAGUUUUGUGAUGCAAAUUAACAAUAUAGAAAUCCCAUGAAACAUUUUCAUUUCACAGUUGAUAAAUUUGGACGUUGAAGGAGCACAAUUACCACAAGGAGUUUCUUUGUAGAAGUUGUAAAUCUUGCAUUGUCAUGGUGAGAAAAAAAAAUUUACUACUUUGAAAGCUAUAUUCUAGAACUAUGGCUCCACAUUCUAGAGUGCUUGGACUAGGGUUGAGGAAGCUUAUAAAAGCUGUUGUUACAGUUAACCAUAAAGUAGAAAGCCAAAGAGACAUUUGAUCCAGGAGAAUGAACAGGCAGAAUUCAAACUCCAUAAUGGAGGAGAUGAAGGAUAAUGGUCAUUCUGGGCGUUCUAUGUUUUUAGAGUCAAUCAGUGUGGAAGUUCCUGCUGCAAGAUACUAUUAUGCCUUGCAGGGACCAGAGCUUGAAGUUCUAAAGGAAACUGAAGAAUUUCUACUUCCUCUGGAUAAAAAAUGGCCAUUUCUGCUAAGAUUUCCCAACGCCUGUUUUGGGAUGUGCAUUGGAUUAGCAAGCCAGUCCUCUUUGUGGAAGGCUCUGGCUACAACUCCUUCAGUUGCAUUUCUGCAUAUCCCACCACAGAUAAACUUAGUCCUGUGGUCAAUUGCAGUAUGCACACUCAUAAUAGUCUUCUCCAUCUAUCUGCUGAAAUCAUGGUAUCACUGGGAGGCUGUGAAAAGGGAGUUUUGUCAUCCAGUGAGAGUGAACUUCUUCUUUGCACCAUGGGUGGCCUGCUUGACCUUAGCUGUAGCAGUGCCUCCAAUAGUGGCAAAGUCUGUGCAUCCCUCCGUGUGGUGCAUCUUCAUGGCGCCAUUGUUUGGCUUGGAGCUCAAAAUAUAUGGCCAAUGGCUUUUUGGAGGAGAAAAAAGGCUCUCUAAAGUAGGUAACCCAUGUACACAUUUAUCUGUGGUGGGAAAUUUUGUGGGAUCUCUUUUGGCUGCUCGUUUGGGUUGGAUGGAAGUGGCAAAAUUCUUUUGGGCAGUUGGGCUGGCCCAUUAUUUAGUACUUUUUGUUACUCUGUACCAGAGAUUGCCUACCAGUGAGACACUGCCAAAGGAAUUGCACCCUGUGUUCUUUCUGUUUAUUGCUGCCCCGGCUACUGCAAGCUGGGCCUGGGAGACUAUCUUUGGAGAAUUUGACACAGUCUCUCGCAUUUCUUAUUCAAUUGCACUCUUCCUCUACGCAUCUCUUGUUGUAAGAUUCAAUUUCUUCAGAGGCUUCAGGUUUUCAAUCUCAUGGUGGGCAUACACAUACCCAAUGACCUCAGCUUCAAUAGCUACAAUAAGAUAUUCACAGCAGGUAACUCAUCCUGUAACUCAAGGCCUGGCUGUACUUCUCUCAGUGAUUGCCACCACUACUGUUUCCUCUCUCUUUGUUGCCACUCUUCUCCAUGCCUUCGUGUGGAAAACCCUCUUCCCUAAUGACAUGGCCAUUGCCAUAACCACCAAACAAGUGUCUAAGCACAAGAACUAUGAUCACCACCUUAACAACAAAAGCAAAGGGAUAAUUCGCAACAGUCUUGAUCUCAUGAGAACUACUGUAAAAGCCCAUCAAGCCAGACUACUGCAUAGCAAAGAACCUCCAGUUUAUCCUGACAUCCACCAGUCUCCUGCAGAACAAGAGCACCAGCAAGGGGAUAAUUCUCCUGCUUGCCUUGACAGUAUCUAUAACUUAUGAAAUCUUCUUUUUCUUUUCACUGCCUUUUGCUAUCAUUAGGGGAGAUUCUUCUGCUACGAGAUUUGAUCAGUUUAAGUAAGUAGGGGAGAUCCUUCUGAUUUGAAUUAUGACAAAUGGGUGUUGGUCUAUAAGGUCUAAUAUAUGUAUUGUGUGGGGUAUAUACAGUCGAAAAUGUUCAUGGUAUCUAGUAGUGGAAUUUAUAGUAUAUGGAUACAAGUUUUCUCUC